GCAGCAGUCGCGGCUCCAGCCGCCCGCCGACUCGCUCACUCGCUCCCGGUGCGCGCCGCCCGCUGCCUGGCUCUGGGCUGCCCGCAGCUCCGGCUCCUAGCCCGACGCUCCGGCGCGUCUCGGGCUCCCGACAACAGGACCCCGACUGGCUGGCUGAGCCCGGGGCGAACCGCGAAGCAGGGCCCAGGAUGGCACUCUUGGUGGCAGGGCUCGUUGUCUGCUCCCUCCUGCAAACCAUCUUCUCCCUGAACCCCGAGGACCCCAACGUGUGCAGCCACUGGGAAAGCUAUGCCGUGACCGUCCAGGAAUCAUAUGCACACCCCUUUGACCAGAUCUACUACACACGAUGCACAGACAUCCUCAACUGGUUCAAGUGCACCAGGCACCGGAUCAGUUAUAAGACGGCAUAUCGGCGUGGGCUCCGGACCAUGUACCGGCGGAGGUCCCAGUGCUGUCCUGGCUACUAUGAGAAUGGAGACUUCUGCAUACCCCUGUGUACAGAGGAGUGUGUGCAUGGCCGCUGUGUUUCCCCAGACACCUGCCACUGUGAGCCUGGCUGGGGAGGACCCGACUGCUCUAGCGGUCGGGGUGAGCCUUGGCUGCCUCUUCUGGAAGGGGGUGCAGAGGGGCUUCUUGCCAACCUGGAGGCCGCAGCUCACUCGUGGUUUUCUCACUACAUCGAGCAGGCUGUCAAGAACCGCCUGGGCCGCCUUCUGCCGGCAUCUGCUGCGCCCGUGGGCCUCCCCAGGAUCGUGGGCUCCGUGUCAGCGCACACGCCAGGAGCAGGGCAGAUCUCAGGCCCAGGCCCAUCUGAACAGGGUCAUGGGUCAGGCAAGGCCCUGGUAUGUGUGGCCCUGGACUGA